UCUCCACACAUUGGGCACUUGCCUUAUCUUUGAGCUGUCCCUUCUUUCCCACCCUCCCACGAAAACCAUCAAAACUCUUCCACAAACAUGUACCCCCUUCACAAAUCUUGCCCUUCACUUCACUCCCAUCAUUGCCACCACCACCACAGAUGGCCACCAAAUUUGGGUUUACUCUGACAACCCCUCGUUUCUUCACCACCCCUUUUCGAAGACCCGCUCUUUCUGUAUGUUCUACUUCUUCUUCUUCACCAUCUUUAUCUUCUUCAUCAAAGGUUCAGUCCACCCAAUUCAUCGGCCGGGAGUUUUCUUUUCGACGCAAGGUGUUAAUUCUUUCGCCCAAGGCCACUACUGAUAAGCCAGGUCAGGUCCAAGAAGAUGAUGUUGACAGUAAGAUACUGCCCUAUUGUAGCCUAGAUAAAAAGGGGAAGAAGUCAUUGGGGGAGAUGGAACAAGAAUUUCUUCAAGCAUUACAAUCAUUCUAUUAUGAAGGAAAGGCUAUCAUGUCGAAUGAGGAAUUUGAUAACCUCAAGGAAGAACUAAUGUGGGAAGGAAGCAGUGUUGUGAUGCUAAGUGCUGAUGAGCAGAGGUUUCUGGAAGCUUCUAUGGCUUAUGUAUCUGGGGAACCUAUAAUGACAGAUCAAGAAUUUGACAAAUUGAAGAUAAAACUUAAGAUGGAUGGGAGUGACAUUGUGGUUGAGGGUCCACGAUGCAGUCUUCGUAGUAGAAAGGUUUACAGUGACCUGUAUGUAGAUUAUCUCAAGAUGUUCCUGUUGAACGUUCCCGCUGCUGUUGUUGCAUUGGGAUUGUUCUUCUUCCUGGAUGAUUUGACUGGAUUUGAAAUCACAUACCUCUUGGAGCUUCCUGAACCCUUUAGUUUCAUUUUCACGUGGUUUGCUGCUUUGCCCUUCAUAUUGUGGUUAUCUUUCUCAAUUACAAACUUCAUUAUCAAAGAUUUUUUGAUCUUAAAGGGCCCCUGUCCAAAUUGUGGUACAGAGAACACUUCCUUCUUUGGGACGAUACUAUCAAUAUCUAGUGGCAAUUCCACCAACACUGUUAAAUGCUCAAAUUGUGGAACGGCAAUGGUGUAUGAUUCAACUACACGCUUGAUUACACUGCCAGAAGGAAGUCAAGCAUGAUUGGAGGAUGAAUCCAUGUGAAGUGAUCUACAAAAUGUCUAGCUAACAUGAGUUGCAAAUGAGCCAAUGUCUCCCUCUAUAUAUAUAUAUAUACCUGCUGUCUGGAAGGCGUUGAACUGGUGGCUGUUUCAUAACUAGUUGUAUGCUAUCUGUAGUGGUGUCAUAUUUAUGUUCAAACCCGUACACACUUUCUACUGAAUAUAACUCUACAUCUGCUUUACUUGUAAUAUUAAGCUGCUCCUUGAUGUUGUAUUGCCUAGUUUGGGCCACUUCAAGUGCUGUUUAUAGCCUCUUCGACUACGGUUUCCUAAUGCAUCCAAAAAAAAAAAACUACAGUUUUCCACAUUUCUCCAGUCUCAAACAAUCUGAAUCUCUAUUUUCCAAAGAUAAAUAAAUUUUUCAUGGCCUGACCCUAAGAGAUUGUUAAAAUUCGAUCUUAUAAAAUUUAGAUGUAUUACUCGUCUUUAUUAUCAUUUGAAUUACCCAUUUCAAAGGAACUCUUUGGGUUAGUAAUUGAUCUUUUUGAAUACACCAAGUGUGAUCUUUACACAUUUAGUGUUUUUAAAUUUUUUGAAAAUAUAGGGGGAACAAUGAGAAUUUUUAAAUUUUGAGGGAGUAGUUCCGUCAUUGGUCCCCCAACACUAGAAAAAAAAAAGUUUUUUUUUAUCAAAAUUACUUCUAGGACCACAAGCAAUUGGUUAAGAAUCCUGGAUUUUCUCGUAUUGAGUUCGAGUCUCCACAACUACGGCAUUUCAAUGAAAUUAAACCUACUCUUCAAUGUCCACAAUACGUGGCAAGACUUUAGUUUCGACUCCGAAAUAAGUGCGAUAGAGUCUCUCAUAGAUAGUUGUGUGAUGUUGAAGGACAACGCUUACUGGUGAAUAUGGAGUGAUGUAUUUUCAUAUUCAUUUUAUGUAAAAAAAAAUACAUUUGGGUGCAAAUAAUUUUGUACUUUUUUUCCUUGCUUAUUUCUAUGUAUAAUAGGGUAUAUUUGUUUAUUAGUUAUAACUCAUUCAUGAAGGUACGAUGAAAUAUAAGAUUUUAGCGUUCA